AAGUUUUGUAGUUGGGGGAAUAAGUUUAGGACAAGUCAUUGACUGCAGGGAAACGAAGGGUUCUGCUCUGGUUAGAAGAGAGGUUCGCACGUGUUCCAUCCUGUCUAUUGAGAUGGUGGACAGCGUAUACCGGACCCGGUCGCUCGGGGUGGCGGCGGUUGGUUUGCCAGACCAGUACGCUGACGGCAAAGCAGCCAAGGUUUGGCAGCUGUAUAUUGGAGACACCCAGAGUAGGACUGACGAGUACAGGAACGCGGUUGUGCAGCUUCUGCGCCAACACAAAUGUCAGCGAAUCCUGGACGUGGCUUGCGGCACCGGAGUGGAUUCCAUUAUGCUACUGGAGGAGGGCUUCACCCUCGUGAGUUCAGAUGCCAGUGACAAGAUGCUGAAAUAUGCCUUGAAAGAGCGAUGGAACCGACGGAAAGAAGCAGCAUUUGAUAAUUGGGUAAUCGAAGAAGCCAAUUGGCUGACCUUGCCCUUGGACAUCCCAAAACCAGGUGAUGGGUUUGAUGCCGUGAUUUGUUUGGGGAAUUCAUUUGCACAUUUGCCAGACCUCAAAGGUGACCAGAGUGAUCAGAAGUUGGCUCUAAGUAAUAUUGCCAGUAUGGUGAAACCAGGUGGAAUAUUAAUCAUUGACCAUCGGAACUACGAUACCAUCCUGGAAACCGGCCAGGCUCCGAAAGGCAAAAAUAUUUACUACAAGAGUGACCUGACCAGAGACAUUAGCACCUCUGUGCUCUAUGUAAACAACAAGCCUCACAUGGUGACAUUGGAUUACACUGUUCAUGUCCCAAAUAAGGAGCAGGAAAAGCAGCACCUUCCGGCUCUCCUACUACCCACACCGUGUAGAUGCGUUCACCAAGCUCCUGAAGGAUGCCUUCCAUGGAAAAUGCCAGCACACCCUGUACGGUGACUUUAAGCCUCACCCACCUGACCAAGGCAAUGUUCCAUGUUAUUUCAUCCAUGUAGUGAAGAGGAUCGGCUGAGUCAACAAAGACCACGGCUUCAAAUCUGGGAAAGCUGGGACACAAAAAAAAAGCAAGGUUACAGAGCAAAUAGCAACAGAAGAGGCAAAUGCAUGGAGGAACAAUGGACAAAUAAAAUGUAUUGGGGGGGGAAACUACAAAGAUGAUUACUGUAACAGGAAAUAGCUUUGUGCCUUUAAUUGACUUGAUCAUAGAAAGAAGACCUAAUGUAAUGAUUCUGUAAUUAGUAAAAGUUGUAAUUUUAUGUGUUGAUAUUGGUACUGCCCCAGUAAUGGGCUGACAGGAUGAAGUUUGUCAUCAGAACACCAGCCACUUUUGCCUACUUAUCAGGGGCCACACUCCCCACCCAAUCAAUCACCUUAACCUGGCAAUAAUAGGGGAGGUGUGGUAGGGUGGGCCUGACAAUCUGAACCCAUAAGCUAUGGCUAGUACAUUUGUCAGAUAUGGAGAACAGCUGCUUCAGCUUUUGUUCACAAGCUUGGUGUUGGGUGUGUAUGAUGUUGGGUGUGUUCCAAGAGCCGAUUGAUUGUGGAGUGCUCUCAGCAAGAUGAGGGAGAGAAACAAUUCCAACCUGUCUUAUCAGAGCAACCCAGUGAACGAAUGCCAAUAGGCCUUCUCAAUCUAGUCAGACAAAAUCAAAUUUUCUUCUCAGCACCUGACCGUUAAACAAUUCCAGAGAUUUCUUAACCCCCCCCCCCCGGUUAGACUCCAAUAAUCCAGUUAUUUGGAAAUCCUGAUGGUUGGGCUCCUGGUUCAUUCAUUCAUCUGGAAUGUGAUUGUGACUGGGGAUGGGUGCAGCCGGGAUUGAACUCUGAACGGUGGGCUGGGAGUGUGCCACCAGCUAAUAGAGUGCUGAACGCCAUGAUUUGGAUGUUUUAGAUUUAGAUUAGAUUAUGAGGACAUGCAGUCCCCUUUUAUUGUCAUUUAGUAAUUCCAAAAAGUUGGCAAAUUUGUAGCUGGAGACAGGGUCCUGAGUUCUUGUAAACUUACUGCCCUCUUUAAACUCACCAACUGUGUAACAUGGCCAAAAAAAGUGAGAGUACUACCAGGAUUAAUAUCUAAUAUAACCAUAUAACGAUUACAGCACGGAAACAGGCCAUCUCGGCCCUUCUAGUCCGUGCUGAACUCUUACUCUCACCUAGAUCCACCGACUUGCACACAGCCCAUAAUUCUCCAUUCCUUUCCAGUCCAUAUAGCUAUCCAGUUUUACUUUAAAUGACAACAUCGAACCUGCCUCAACCACUUCUGCUGGAAGCUUGUUCCACACAGCUACCACUCUCUGAAUAAAGAAGUUCCCCUUCAUGUUACCCUUAGAAACUUUUGCCUCCUAACUCUCAACUCAUGUCCUCUUGUUUGAAUCUCCCCCACUCUCUAAUGGUCUUCAAAAUCUGCUAGUCCACACCAACAAAGUCUAGAGUGUGCUCAAUCAUUUGAGUUUUACUCUCUGUGACCAUGCUGAGCAAAUAUCUUACUGAGAUUAGAGUUCAGUUAGUCCUUUGCCACUUUGGCUCACCACCUCCCAUUAGAUUUACAUCUUUAUUCUUUCUGUGUACAAUCCUGGUUUAGUAUUUUUCUCAGAUCUGUUGAGAUGCCUGCUGACCCUUUUUAACACACCUAUUCCGAUAUCUGUCCCCCACUUUUCCUUCGCUACAUCGACGACUGCAUUGGUGCUGCUUCCUGCAUGCUGAGCUCGUUGACUUCAUUAACUUUGCCUCCAACUUUCACCCUGCCCUCAAGUUUACCUGGUCCAUUUCCAAUACCUCCCUCCCCUUUCUAGAUCCUUCUGUCUCUAUCUCUGGAGACAGCUUAUCCACUGAUGUCUACUAUAAGCCUACUGACUCUCACAGCUAUCAGUACUAUUCCUCUUCCCACCCUGUCUCUUGCAAAAAUGCUAUCCCCUUCUCACAAUUCCUCCAUCUCUGCCACAUCUGCUCUCAGGAUGAGGCUUUUCAUUCCAGGACAAGGGAGAUGUCCUUUUUUUUAAAGAAAGGAGCUUCCCUUCCUCCACCAUCAACUCUGCUCUCAAAUGCAUCUCCCCCAUUUCACGCACAUCUACUCUCACUCCAUCCUCCCGCCAUCCCACUAGGAAUAGGGUUCCCCUGGUUCUCACCUACCACCCCACCAGCCUCCGGGUCCAACAUAUUAUUCUCCGUAACUUCCGCCACCUCCAACAGGAUCCCACCACUAAGCACAUUUUUCCCUUCUCUUCUUCUCUUCCCCCCCCCCGUCUCUGCUUUCUGCAGGGUUUGCUCCCUACAUGACUCCCUUGUCCAUUCAUUCUCCCCCCCCCCCCCACCAUCCCUCCCCACUGAUCUCCCUCCUGGCACUUAUCCUUGUAAGUGGAACAAGUGCUAGACAUGCCCUUACACUUCCUCCCUUACCACCAUUCAGGGCCCCAGACAGUCCUUCCAGGUGAGGUGACACUUCACCUGUGAGUCGGCUGGGGUGAUAUACUGCAUCCGGUGCUCCCGCUGUGGCCUUCUAUAUAUUGGCGAGACCCGACACAGACUGGGAGAUCGUUUUGUUGAACACCUACGCUCUGUCCGCUAGAGAAAGCAGGAUCUCCCAGUGGCCACACAUUUUAAUUCCACAUCCCAUUCCCAUUCUGAUAUGUCUAUCCACAGCCUCCUCUACUGUAAAGAUGAAUCCACACUCAGGCUGGAGGAACAACACCUUAUAUUUCGUCUGGGUAGCCUCCAACCUGAUGGCAUAAACAUUGACUUCUCUAACUUCCACUAAUGCCCCACCUCCCCCUUGUACCCCUUCUGUUAUUUUUUUUAUAUAUACACAUUCUUUCUCUGUCCUUUUUCUCCCUCAGUCCCUCUGACUAUACCCCUUGCCCAUCCUCUGGGUUUCUCCCCCCCCCCCCCUUUUCUUUCUCCUUGGACCUCCUGUCCCAUGAUCCUCUCGUAUCCCCUUUUGCCUAUCACCUGUCCAGCUCUUGGCUCCAUCCCUCCCCCUCCUGUCUUCUCCUAUCAUUUUGGAUCUCCCCUCCCCUCCCACUUUCAAAUCUCUUACUAGCUCUUACUUCAGUUAGUCCUGACGAAGGGUCUCAGCCCGAAAUGUCGACUGUACCUCUUCCUAGAGAUGCUGCCUGGCCUGCUGUGUUCACCAGCAACUUUGAUGUGUGUUGCUUCUUUUUAAAUGGUGUUUCACCACUAGGUGGCAGUCUAAUGCGGGACAACAGUGGAAUUGGUACCUGGUUUAUUAUUGUCAUAUGCACUGGGGUACAGUGAGAAAUCUUGUUUUGUAUAUUAUCCAUACAGAUCAUUGUCACACAUAAUUACAUGGAAGCAGUAAGCAGAGAAAUGGAAUGCUGAAUAUAUCAAACCAAGGUUCAACCUGGUCAGGGUUCUGAAACAGUGUUGCACUGCUUUCUUUGAACUGGUUAUUGUUUGUGUGAGAUGAACUGGAGAGAUUGGUUUUUGAGUAAUGUCACUGAAGAUCGUAGGCUUGAUUUAUAGAAUCUUGGAAGCUAAUUGAUAUUAACUUUAUGUUGUGGGUUCUCUGAAGUAGGAACCUGGUCCUGAACUCUGACUUGCAUCCAGGUCUUUGUUGGGGAUUGGCUGGCACAGUUGUUGAUCAAAGCUGCCCUUGCCCUGUAAGCUGAAUGCUGACAAAUCUCUCCCAACCUGUCGUAUAUGCGGUUCCACCCCCUCCCCUCAUUAACCAUAGUGGGAAGAGGUUGUUUCCCCUGCACAUUGGGGUGAUAAACCACUUAUGACAGUCACUGAAUCUUUGGCACUGUGAGACUGGCUCCACCAGCUGCCCCACUUGGCAGAGGUUUGGGUUCAGUCCUGCCCUCUGGGGCAGACUCUGCAGAGUUUGCAUGUCCUUCAUGAAUUUAUAGAGAACUUGUGGGAAGCCUAAAUUCCUCCUAUUUCCCAAAGAUCAGGAUCAGAAUUGGGUUUAAUAUCACUGGCAUAUGUUGUGAAAUUUUUUUGUCUUUGCAGCAGCAGUACAAUGUAAUACAUGGGGGAGAACAUGAAUUGCAGUAACUAUGAAUACUUUACAUUAAAUAAGUAGUACAAAAUAGAAAUAAAAAAGUGCUGCAAUAUUCAUGGUUCAAUGUCCAUUCAGAAAUCAGAUGGCAGAGGGGAAGAAGCUGUUCCUAUAUCAUUGAGUGUGUGCCUUCAGAUUUCUACCUCCUUCCUGAUGGUAGCAAUGAGAACAAAGCAUGACCUGGGUGAUGGAGGCAUCACUCCUUGAAGGUGUCCUGGAUACUACAGAGGCUAGAGCCCAUGACAGAGCUGACUAACUUUGCAACUUUCUGCAGCUUAUUUUGAUGUGGGGAUUGGUAGGUUGAUGGGCCACUGUAAGUUACCCCGACUGUGCAGGUGAGUGGCAAAAUCUGAAGGGAGUUGAUGAGAAAUUGGGAACAAUUACAGUUAAUAUGGGUGAAUGGAAUUUGUGUAAAGGGCAUAAAAGUCAGCAUGGUCAGCAAAGGGCCUGUUCCUGUACUGUGCAACUCAAUGGUGGUGGUGGCAUCCGUUAGUUUCGCAAGACCAUGGAUCUGCACCUGGAAGUUCUUGCUUCAGUCUUUAUUAGAGCAGCAUCUGUUGUGGCUGUAGAGGCCCAGAUGGGAGUGACAGGCUUGGCUGCAUCGACUGCGCUUGAAGGCGCUGUCCUCCGGUGCUAUCUUGGUGCUGUUUUUCCGACAAGUGUGCUUUUCUUCAGCAGCAAGCCUCAGCUUCUCUUUAGACCUCUGCGUAGUUCUGUAACAAAAUAGGGUUAAUGCCAGAUUAGUGCAUUGGAUGGUUGUUGGUGGGUAUGGAUUUGGAAGCCCAGGUGCUGUUUUCUGUGCAGUGUUUAUGAGCACAGACUGGUUGUCAAUGAUACUAAUAGUCUUCAGUAAGUAACCUGAUGGCUGGACAGAUCUUCAAACUUUCUUUGUUGUCAGACAGUACGUAGUGCAAUGUAGAGAUCUGCAUGCUUCACCUGUGCAGCGGAGCGAAUGCUCAUACAGCUUUUGCAUGAGGAGUUUGCCUCAUAAUAAUUUUAAUAGAUAAGAAGAAAAUUGGGAAGAAUACACUCAUUUUAUAAGUUUUUAUGAUUUCCUUUUCUCUGAAGCAAUCCUUAAGGCUGGGGAUAUAGAUCCAAAGUAAGCAAGCAGAAUAGAUUUUCUGGAUACCGGGUUGAGGUCAUUUGAAUUCUUACCAAUAUUCAGCCUUGACAUAUAGAAAGACACCUCAUUUGGGCUGAUUGCUCAGGGCUGCACUGUCAGGUUCUGUCUUCCAGUUGAGGAAACUACUGCUCUCAGCCAAUGUAAGAGGAAGCUUAAUGGAAUUACCUGAUAAAGAGCAAUUUGUUUCCCAUAGUGUUUUGGCCAAUAAUCAUCCUUCAGCUGAACUGAAAAAGAUGUUUUAUCACAUUGCUUUUAUGUGGGGCUGUAAGUGACUGGAUUUGUUGAUGACAUUUGAUUGUGCUUAAGAAGUGCUUUGUGAUGUGCUGGAAACUACUGAUAUAACUGUGAAGACAAAGGGAGAACUUUCAACUUUAACAAUAAUCAGGACCUGGAUCUCAUUGGCAUGAGAUGCAUCCCCAGUAAGCUGUGAGCUGGUUGACCUAUCUUCCAACUCAAGUCCCCUCUCCUAAACAACCCACCUCUAACCUCUACUGAGAUGUGCUGAGGGGAACAAGGGCUUUUUGGCCUCCACAUUGUGCUAUUGAAUUUGUUUACGAUAUCCCUCAUCCAGAGGGUUGUGCUGAUCACUGGGGAAGGUGGGGAGGAGGUCUGAGUGGAGCAACUGGACCAGUAAAGAGUGAUUGGGAUGAACAGAUUGAUUCUGUGUUACAUUAUUCCAUGUGCUUCAAUGCAAUAAAGUGCUCUGUAAUGUAAUUUCCUCUUUACAUUGACAUGUAUCAAUGCAUCCAGAAAAUGAUGGGCUGAAGCACUCCCCUCCCCCACAGUAUUUGCUGUGAUGGAUUGCACUAGCUAUCUAAAGCACCAGGUUAAAUAACACCAGAUGACAUUUUUAAGGUGUUGCUUCCUCAAUUUUUUUCGUAGUUUGUCAUGGACUGCUUGAAGCUGAACAUAAAUAUAAAUUCAGACUACUUGUAUCAUGUAGGAAUUUGGAGAAACAAAAAAUUAACUUUUAUUGAAUAUAAUGCAUUUAGUUGCAUAACAGUGCUGAUUGCAACUGUUCAACUAAUGUAAAUAAGUUUUGAUGAUUUUCAUUUGUACUGAGUGUCUGAGGCUUCUUGAGCAUAAAACAUUAAUCAGCCAGCAUUGAUGCAUUCCAGUUGUCCUGAUACCGUUUCUCCAUGAUCGCAAUGUCCUGGUGAAAACUUUCACCAUGCUUGUCACUGACAGCGCCAAGAUUUGUAGGGAAGAAGUCUAAGUGGGAAUGCAGAAAUAAAUCUUUAGUGGCAUGUUUGCACUUCAUGAUUUUUGUAAGCUUGUAGCUGCAUUCAGUUUGAUGCUCUGUAGUUCCCAAGAAAAUUUUCAACACCAUCCUUCAAUGUCUUUCAAGUGAUUUUUCUCUAGUCCCACCAGAAGUUCUUUGAAUUGCCUGUCAUUAAUGACCUGUUUGAUUUGUGGACCAGCAAAAUUGUCUUCCUUAAUCUUGACAUCAGUUAUUCUGACUUCAAUUAUGAAUUAAAAUAACAAUUUUACAUGUAGCUUUUUUUUAAAAGGUGCAUGACAGGAAAAUAUCAUGAUUUUCAUGAUUAGCAGCCCAAAAUUCAUAGAUACACCCAAAAGUAUUGAGGAAGCAAAAUCUUUGUUGUCCAGUGUAAUUGAACUAAAUUCACAGAGCAGCUUAAUCCCAAUACGAUCUUUGUCCUUUCCAUUCAUCCAUCUCUAUACUGUGUUGCAACUGAGUCAUUAUUCCAUGAUAUGACUUAUGGUUCCGGGAAGAUGAGGCUGUCUAUUCCAGAACACCUUAGAACCUCCUUCAAACAAUGGGGUUUCCCUUCCACCACCACUAUCUGCCCUACCCACAUCUCCUCCAUUUCCUGCACAUCUGUCCUCACUCCAUCCUCCUGCCCCUGUAACAAAGAUACGUCUCCCUUGUCCUUGCCCAUCACCCCACGAGCCUCUGUAUCCAAGGCACCAUCUCUGUAACCCCCACCAUCUUCAGCAGGAUUGUACAGCUAAACACAUCUUUCUUCCACCACUCCCCACUCUCUGGUUUCUGCAGGGAUCACUGUCUCUAUGUCUCCCUUGUCCAGUUGCUCCUCCCCACUGAUCAUCCUCCUGGCACCUAUUGUGCAACACCUGCCCAGCACCUCCCUCACUGCCAUUCAGGGGUGCAAACAGCCCUUCCUGGUGAGGCAACACUUUACCUGAAAGUCUGUUUGGGUCAUCUACUCUAUCCAGUGCUCCUGGUGUGGCCUCCCUACAUCGGACGACCUCAUGUGGACCGCUGGUCAUUUUGAACACCUUUGUUCUAUCUGCUACAAAAGGUGGGCCACCCAUAUUAGUUUGAUUUUCUGUUGGUCCAUAGCCUCCACUAUGGUCACGAUGAGGCCACACUCAGAUUGGAGGAGUAACACUUCAUAUUUGUGGGUACCCACCAAACCAAUGGCAUGAACAUUGAUUUCUCUAACAGCUCUGGUAUUUUCCCCCUUCCCCUCUCCCUUUCUACAUUUCUAUAUUUCCCCUUCUGGUUCCCCUCUUAGCCCUUUGUUUCUCAGCGCCCAUCACCUCCCUCUGGUGUCCCCUCCUCCUUCCCUUCUUCUCCUGGUCCACUGUCCUAUCAGAGAUUCCUCCUUCAGCUCUUUACCCCCUCCAUCUUUCACCUCCCAGCUGAGCUCCUUACAUCAUCCACCCUCCCCCAUCCGCCCACCUUCCCUCUUACCUGGUUUCAAUUAUCACUGAUCAGCUUGUUCUCUUUCACCUCCCUCCAGUCAUGGUUACAGGAGCAGAACCCUGUUGUAACCUGAAGAGGACUAGUAACCAUAGAAUAUAAUGAAGGAAGCUUCAUAAAGGAGUCUAUUAAAAUUGCUGUGCUAUACUGAAAAGUUUAUCCAUGUCUAUCAUUUAAUACUGGCACUCUUCAGGAGGCAUCUGUCUAGGCCUGUGAAGGCAGAAACUAGGGCUGUACAUUGUACACUGUCCUGCACAACCAGAGAUGUGGGUUCAAUCCUGAUCUCAGGUGCUGUCUGUGUGGAGUUUGUAUAUACUUCCUGCGACAAUGUGGGCUAUCUGCAGGUGCUACGAUUUCUUGGUUGGUUACUAGAGCACUUUAAAUUACCAUGAGUGUGUAGGUAGCUGGUAGAAAUUGGGGUUGAGAGGAAUAUUAGGAGAAUAAAAAUUGAGAUUACUGAGGGAUAAGUAGUCAGUGUGGAUGUUGUGGGCUGUGUGGCUAUUUUCCAUGCUGUACCUCUAUGAGAACGUCAGAGUAAAAGUUUGGGGGAACAGCAGAGCCUUGAGGAGCCACGUUUCAACAGGCUCCUUAUGGUCAGGUACAAUAGUCGAUGAUUAUGAAACUCAAAAUAACCACAGUUAUUGGAAAUCUGUGAUAAGACAGAAAGUGUUGGAACUACUCAGCAGUUCCGGCAGCAGAGACUCAUGGCACUACACAGCACAGUAGCCAGACCUUCAUUCCAACUGGUCCAUGCUCAGAAAGAUGCACCAUCCAAGCUCAUUCCAUUAGACAGCAUUUGGCCAAUAACCUUCUGAACCUUUCCUAUCCAGGAACAUGUCUCUCUUUUAAAAGUUGUUUCUGUGUCUGCCUCAAACACUUCCCCUGGCAGCAUCUAUUAAUUUAUUUCUAUUAUAAGUAACCAUUUAAUGAUACAGAAGGUGGAAAUUCAAUUCAUUGUAACAAUUUGCUGGAGGAACUCAGCAAGCUGAGCAGCAUCUCUGGGGGGAAAGGAAUUGUCAGCAUUUUGGGUUAAAACUCUAUAUGAGGUCUAAGGGUAGAGAGGAAAGAUAGAUAAUAUUACUAGUAGACACAGACCAGUGGACCUUUGGCUUCAACCUAGAAGAAUAACUCCCACUCCUAUCUCGGUGACAAAUACUGCUCUACCUGCAGAGCUUUGCUCUAGGUCUGCAUUAUCUUGUGUCUCAGUUUGAUUCUUUGUGCCAAUGCAAUAUGAGAGGGUGUAAUUGGAGAAGCCACACGGAGCAGAUUCCAUUCAUUGACAUCUCGACCAAUUCAAUUUAAUCCAAUUACUGUGCACGGACAACCACACAACCCCUCAUUGUUAAGCACAGGUGAUGGUAGCAAAUGCUAAUAUUUAUUAUUCAAGUAUUCCCCCCCCCCAACCUCCACCUUCCUUUCCAGUCCUGAGGAAAGGUCUCAGCCUGAAAUGUCUGCUGUUUACUCUUCCAUAGAUGCUGCCUGCCGUAUUGAGUUCCUCCAGCAUUUUGCUUUGGACUUCCAGCAUAUGUAGAUUUUCUCAUGAUUGUAGCAAAAGUAUACUAGCUUUUGUUUUUCAGAGACUCACUCCAAUGCCCCGUGUUGGUGACAUUUUCCACACUAAGAUUAGUGUGAGGAACUGAUCAUAGUGAGCAUCAGAGAUGUGCACAGUCACGUUCACAGUUGAGAUUAACCAGCAUGCACUUUCAGUGAAGAUUAGUAAUGAACAAGGUGUCAAAGUGCACCAUUUCCAUGGUUGUUUUGAAUUGUUACAUUAUUGAAUCAGGAACAACAAGACAGAAGUUGACCGUUCACUCCCUGCUCUGGAAGCUGGUGCAUGAUUGAUAUUUUCCAGAACUCUAUUGAUCUGUCAUCCUUCAAUGUUCCUCAUCCAACAAAGUUCCAUUCUUGAAUUUGUUUGAAAGAAAAAGAUCCAGCCCUUUGAGGUGAGUUCAGGGUUUCCAGUACUCUUUUUGUGGGGGGACACAAGAGACUGCAUAAUUUGGAACUUAAAACUGAAUAAUAAACUGCUGGAGAAGCCUUGGUGGGUCAAGCAGCAUCUUUGGCAGGAAACCAAUAGUCAACAUCUCUUUCAGGACCUUUCUUUAAUCCAGAUGUUUUUUUUUAGAGAUACAGCACAGAAUAGCCUCUUCUGGCCCUUUGAGCCUCACUACCCAGCAACCCCUGACAACACCAAUCCUAACUAAUUACAGGAAAAUUUACAAUAACCUACCUGAUCUGCUUUGGACUGUGGGAGAAAACUCAUGCAUUCCACACUGACUCCUUACAAUGGGUGCAGGGAUUGAACUCUGACAUCCCAAGCUGUAAAAGUGUUGUGCUAACCUCUACACUAUUUUGCAAACAAAAUUGCUGUAUUGACUUUCCAUUUAACUCUGUAAAAUUAGCCCUGCUGCCUUCAGUCCUAAGAGAGAAGCACUUGCAGACUGGAAGUGGAGCACAGAUGGCAUGACCUUGGAGUUCUUCUACAUCCAUUUCUGUUUAAGUUGAUCAUUUUAAUUCAUUCUACUCAUUAGGUCAUUGAUCAUUAGCACCUAUUUGUUAUCUUUGUUUAAUCAUGCACUGGGCUAU